AUGUCUUGUUCCCAAUCUUUUCAUUCGCGGGAGAACCCCAUCAUUGACCAUCCCAUCGUGAAAGAUGAUCCGGACCAAUCGUCCCAGCAAUACCCCAUCACUUUUUCUCAGACUGUGCAUAACAAUGCUAUCGACAACCCCCAUACCUCCCAGUCGGCUAGCCGAGUUCCUCCGGAACCUGUUUUCUACGAUUCUAAGCUUCAUAACAGAAUGGCCAUUGGCUUCGUCCUCAAUCAGAACGAUCAGAAAGGCGACCAUGGUCAUGUUCCAAUUGCCCGAUGUGCCGAGCAACUGUCCGAUGGCGACAGUAAUGAUCUAACUACAUCGGACAGUGCUCUCCCUAGUAAUUCCGUUGAAUAUUUUACUCCCGAGGAAGCUGCCCUUUUUGAGCCUUAUGGAGACUCUCCUUUUCCCUGGCACCUGAGACCUGGGACCGUCGAAGAUGUGUAUGAGUUCUGUCGAAUCACACGAGGAAGGAUGGGCGAUGAAUUCCCUGGCAACCGUGAGGCUUUCUAUCCGCCCCGUACGAGUGCUCACGCUCAGGACCUUGGUUCUUACCUGGGUGAAAUGUCCGAGGCUGAUGAAGCCUGGACUGCCCAUUGUGAGAAAGCUUUUGCUGCUGCGGCAAAUCUGGCCUGCGGGUUCUGA